ACACCAAAGCCUUAGCUCCAUCACAUACGCAAAUAGCAACCCACUUUUCUAGAGAGAGAGAAAGAGAGAGAGAGAGGAGAAAGUAAAACCAAGAGAAUUAAUCAAGGCACCCACCAUUGAAUGGCAAACCGUGUAAUCCCAGCAGCAUCAAAACUCCUGAAAACUCUCAGGCCACUCAACUCCGCCGCCUCCUCCACCACCAUCUCCGCCAUAUCACCGCCAAUCGGCUACGCCGAAAAACCGCUACAAUCUCCCAGUGGUCACGCCAUCACCGCCGCCGACACCAUCACCGACAACAUAUUCAACCUCGAUGACGUGGACAAGCUAUUCGCCUCUGUCUCCACGCCGACGCUGCUGAGGGCCGCGCUGAACCUCCACGCGGUGGCCUUCGAGCCAUUGGUGGACAUUGGAAUGUGGGUCAUGAAAUCCAGGCUCAUGGACACGCCGUUGAUUCGGGACGUGAUCAUGGGGAUCAUACGGUCCACGUUUUACGAGCACUUUUGCGCCGGUGAGAACGCCAUGGCGGCCGGGAGGUCGGUGCUCGAGCUGAACGAGGCCGGGCUCCGAGGGAUGCUUGUUUACGCUCUGGAGUACGCCGGCGAUAACGACGCUUGUGAUCGGAACUUGCAGGGGUUCUUGGACACCGUUGAAGCCACCAAGUCCCUCCCUCCUUCUUCCGUGAGCUUUAUUAUUAUGAAAAUCACAGCAAUUUGUCCCAUGAGGGUGCUUGAGCGGGUCAGUGACUUGCUGAGAUGGCAACACAAAGACCCUUCUUUCAAGCUCCCGUGGAAGCUCGAUACCCUCCCCAUUUUCUCUGAUAACAGCCCUCUCUACCACACCCUUGAAAAGCCAGAGCCUUUAACUCCAGACGAGGAGCGGGAUCUCGAAUUAGUCCACCAGAGACUACUCAAACUGUCCCAGAAGUGCUCCGAAGCCAACGUCCCUUUAUCCGUUGAUGCAGAGUACUCCUCGGUUCAACCGGCCAUCGAUUACCUGACGUACUCUUCUGCGAUCAUCUACAACAAAGAUGACAACCCGAUCGUUUAUGGGACUAUACAGGCUUAUUUGAAGGAUGCAAAGGAAAGACUGCUGCUGGCAACAAAGGCUGCAGACGACAUGGGAAUUCCAAUGGGGUUCAAAGUGGUGAGGGGUGCUUAUAUGUCAAGUGAAGCCAAAGUAGCUUCUUCCUUGGGGUAUAAGUCUCCUAUUCACGAUAGCAUUGAGGACACACAUGCGUGCUACAACGAUUGCACUUCGUUCAUGCUUGAGAAGAUUGCCAAUGGCUCUGGUGGAGUUGUUCUUGCAACCCAUAAUGUUGAAUCAGGGAAACUGGCAGUGGCAAAAGCACAUGAAAUCGGGAUUGGGAAGGUACGCCAGAAGCUUGAAUUUGCACAGCUCUAUGGAAUGGCGGAAUCGCUUUCCUUUGGUCUGAGAAAUGCAGGGUUUCAAGUGAGCAAGUACAUGCCAUUUGGGCCAAUAGAGUUGGUGCUGCCUUACCUUCUGAGGAGGGCUGAAGAGAACAGGGGACUUUUAUCUGCUUCAACUCAAGACAGACAACGCACAAGGGAGGUGCUGAAAAGGAGACUAAAAGCAGCAAUCUUCUAAGGCAAAAAAAAACUAUUUGGCUCCACCAAUCUUGUAAAUAUAGGGUAAUUUUGUAAUUGUGGUGAAUUGCUCAGAGUUAAUGGAAUGAAUAUGUGCAUAUAGGAACUAGGAAAUUUGGGCUCUGUUUUCCUCAUUACAUUAGGUUGUACUCCCCGGCAACAGGUCCAUAUUUGCUUCCUAGCUAGCUACUUCAAUGGCAAUCCACCAGCGCGCUGCCCUAUUGAUUGUGUGUGUAAAAGCAUGCUGCUUCCUUCAGCAAACCGAAUAAGAAAUGAAUUUGUGUUGCUUCCAAA